AUGAAUUCAAUAUCUAGUCAAGGGGACAACAAUUCCGUUUCAGUUAUAGAUGUAGCCGAAUAUUUAAUGGGAAUGUCUAGAGAGAUGGCUUCAGAAGUAAAACAUGAAAUUCGUGAAAUGGUGAAUCAAGUAGAUGAAAUGAUUUCACCAGAAUUCAAUGGGGUCUGUUCCCGAAAAAGCUCUCCACCUAAGCCUGGAAGACAGAGGAUUGGUUCGGCAGCGGAGUUAGGACUAGACCUUAAAACGUCUACACAGUACUUGAAGAAAUGUCCUACUAGCCCUAUUUUACCGACCCAUUUGGAUGACGAAGAUCGAUUUCUAAAGCGUUCUCCAAGUGCCACUUCACCAAAAUCAGCCCAUGGCACACCUUCGCAUGAGAGUUCUGGCCCUAAUAGUAUAUCAUUCAACUCCAGUGAAACUUCUACACCAGAUACUAUAAUUCAAGUAGUCACAAAUCAGAACUCACCAGUACUUCCUAAAUCAUUGAGUUCAAAUAAAUUGUCUGAUGAUGAAGUAAGCUGCAACGAUGCAGCAUGCAAACAGUGUUGUAUAAAGAAGAGCUGGUGUCAAAAUCCGUCCGUCAGUUCACAAGACAGUGGUAUCAACAUGACAUUCAUGGAAACAGAAUCAUUUUUAGAAUUUGUUACACGGCUAACUUCCUCAGAUCCAUCGGGCAAGUCAAGAAAAGCUCUGGGUCGGUACCGCGUGUGCCAGAAGCAUGAGAAGAGCGAAGUACCGGACAUAAUCGAAGGAGUGCCCGUGUGUUCGGGUGACCACGUUCGCCAGAUCAAGAGCUACGAUACCAGUGAUCCAAGCAGAGUUAUUUUCAGAAUGCCUGAAGACGGAGACAGACAAAAUAUGGGAACGACAACGGUGGUGGACUCAAAGCGGUGCAGUCGUUCGUCCAAUGCCUCUUCCAGCUCUUCGGACCGAAGUUCCAGGUCCAGUGGCUAUGGAACUGAUCAGCCAUCUACGCUAGAUGAGCGGUUUUAUGAUCAAAGUGAAUCAGAAUGUCGAUCUUUCAAGACUCAAUGGGAGGAAGAAAGAGAAGAGCCAGAGGACAGUUCUGCGUGUAGUGAUAACUCUCUGACUGACUUCACUUUAGACGAUGAUGGGAACUGGCAAUGCCCGCCUAGAGCUGUCUGGAAGCCCACCGUUGAGGCCAUUCAAGAGUUCAACAUGAUCCGCCAAGGAGACAAGGUGCUUGUGUGUCUGUCGGGAGGGAGCAGUUCCAUAGCUCUGCUGCACACCAUGCAUCAGUAUCAAUUCUACGCAAGAUCCAAGGGAAUUCACUUCAGUAUCGGUGCUCUAUUUGUACACGAGAAGGUGUCACAAGUGGACCCUCUGCACCUGAUGGCGUACUGCAGAACUCUAGGUGUUAAAUUCAUUUACGAGGAUAAAGUAGAAGAUGAUGACUCUGAAGGCUCACCGCGCUCGCAGUGGGAGCCGAGUCGCUGGGCGCGGCGCGGCACGCGGGCGCGGGCGCUGCGCGCGGCGCUGGCGCACGGCUACGGCGUGGCGGCGCUCGCGCAGGCGCUCGACCGCGCCGCCUGCACCUUCUUCGCCUCCGUCUUGCACAAGGGGGGCCUGGCCACGCUCCGAGCGCACUAUCGGUUGAGGGAGCCCGACAUCCGCGUAAUAAGGCCGUUGAUCUACGUCCGCAAGCGAGCCCUGGAGGCGUUCGUAUGCGCGCGGGGACUUCCCGACUUCCGCCCACGGGACGUCCCUGCAAGUCCCGUGCAUAGUGAUAAUAGUGAUGACCACAGCAAAGCAUUAAUGCACCUAGAUCGGUCAGUUUCUGAACCAAUCGGGUCAUCAGACAAGGAACUAGGAGUCAUGGCCCAGCGUUCCAUCGACGAACCUCUUGAGGAACCCCUGGCGGGUUCCCUUCCAGACACCUGGGAGAGCGUAAAGGAUCUGCUGGCGUGUCAGGAGAGACUGCAUCCGUAUCUUUUUACUAGUUUGAAGAGCGCUUUACGGCCCCUGAUCAAUGGCAGUUACAGAACCAUCGACAAAGACCAAAAAGAGAGACACAGAAAGAAAUCUGUAAUUCAAAUGCGCAACGGCGAACCUGUGUACGAGUCUGAUGAUGACAGCGAAGAAGAGUUACUGCCUUAG